UAUGAAUGAAACAAUGCUCGCAGACUAUUUUAACAGAUGUUUGAAAAAAACGACGUUGAAAUGUGUACACAGUGACGUAGGGCGCCCUCGCGCGCGCCUUGUUUUCGCUCGCGCACGGGGCCGACCUGACCCCGCCCCUCGCUGUGUGCAGGGGCGCUCCAUGUGACGCUGAGCCCGAACACAAAAAUCCAGUAUGGCGGAAUCUGUCAGGAGAUGAAUUUUUCGCGGCCCCCCUCCUCCUCCUCCUCUUGCUAAGCCGAGGAAAAGCCCGGGAGUUGGGGCAUGAGAGAGGACUAAAACGCCGCGUGGGACCCACGUCCGGACGCCUGGUCGCCUCCGGGCCCGUUGAGUCGAGCUUCCGGGGGUGCUGGAGCCUAUCUCAGCUGCACUCGGGCGGAAGGCAGGGUACACCCUGGACAAGUCGCCACCUCAUCGCAGACUAUUGACAAGUGAUGCACCGAAAACUUGACCACCGAAAAAAGACUUUGAUCACCUCAAACCGAAAUUGGAGAUAUACCCGCGCAGACAGCCAGCUACAAAAUGUGCAAAUAUUAAGAGGACAGUGGCGGCUUUUAAGGAGAGAAAGUCCAACUGGAGCGACAGCACGAAGAAAGUUGGCAUCGGCGAUUGAUGCUGUUGAUUGCAGUAGCAAAGAACAAAACACAUCCUGCUGAUCUCUGUGCAUCAGAUCGAUAUCAUCUGCACACACAGGUGCUCGCCAACAUUACCUUCAGCAAUGACGUCACACAGUCAUCAAGAGGGGAUCCUGGGAAAGGAACAGCCACUGGAGGUUCUGAAGACGUCGGCGCUCAACCACAUCCCAACAGUGGACAUCAACUCAGCACUGCCCCUCCGCCUCCCCCCCGCCGCCAUCCCUAUGGAUCUGCGCAUGGACCAGCACCAACAGCAGCAGCAGGUGUCCCCGCUGUCUCCUCCCCGCCAGCAUUCCCCGCUAGGGGGAACAGGCCAGGCCGGUGGGGGCGUGGCCUCCGCUCCUGUGCGUGAGCAACAGCUGCAACAGGAGUUACUGACCCUUAAGCAGAAGCAGCAGAUCCAGAGGCAGAUCCUCAUCGCCGAGUUCCAACGGCAGGACGAGCAGCUUUCCCGCCAGCACGAGGCCCAGCUCCAGGAACACAUAAAGCAGCAACAGGAGCUGCUGGCGAUCAAGCACCAACAGGAGCUUCUAGAGCAUCAGAGGAAAAUGGAGAACCACCGUCUGGAGCAGGAGCUGGAGAAGCAGCAGCGCGAGCAGAAGCUGCUGCUGCUGAAGAACAAGGAGAGGGGGCAGGAGAGUGCGGUGGCCAGCACUGAGGUUAAGAAGCGUCUCCAGGAGUUUGUUCUCAACAAGAAAAAGGCGCUGGCUCAGCGGAGCUUCAACCAGGGCGGUCCCCUCAAUGAUGCCCCCUACUGGUACAGAAAAACGCAGCACAGCUCUCUGGACCAGAGCUCGCCUCCGCAGACUGGUAUGUCCACCUAUAACCACCCUGUGCUGGGCGUCUACAAUCCCCGGGAUGACUUUCCCCUUCGGAAAACAGCCUCUGAACCCAACUUGAAGCUGCGCUCCAGGCUGAAGCAGAAGGUCAGCGAGCGAAGGAGUAGUCCACUUCUUCGCCGUCGAGACAGUCCCAUCUCCUCUGCAAAAAAACGCUCCUUAGACAUAGCAGAUUCCGUGUGUAGCAGUGCCCCAGGCUCGGGCCCAAGCUCCCCGAACAACAGUUCCAACAACAUUCCCAACGAAAACGGCAUCACUGUGUCAGUCUCCAACAGCACUGAGAUAUCAAUGAGCCAGAGGCUGUGCAGUGGUGCUGAGCGGGGCUCUAUAAACCAGCUGUCCCUUUACACCUCACCAUCUUUACCAAACAUCACCCUGGGCUUGCCUGCCACUGCCACCGCCACCGCUGCAUCCAAUGUGACAUCGGCGCAGCAGGAUGGCAUUUUGCAGCCGGCGCUCUCUCUCAGCCCUCCUUUCCUCUCCGGUGGCCACUUGACGCCGUACCUGACUGAGACGGCAGCAGGGACAGGCGGGCAUGGUGGUCACAGUCCGCUACUUCAGCACAUGGUACUCAUGGAGCAGAAUCCUGCACAGAGCCCCCUGGUGACAGGUGUCAGUGGCUUGUCUAUGUCGUCGGCAGCCUCCAUGGCCAAGCUGCAGAGGCAGCAUCGACCUCUGGGACGCACUCAGUCAGCACCGUUGCCCCAGGGAAGCGCUGCCCAGGCCCACGCACAGGCACUGGCCCUGCAACAGCUGGUGGUCCAGCAGCAACACCAACAAUUCCUGGAAAAGCACAAGCAACAGUUCCAGCAGCAGCAGCUCCAAUUCAACAAGAUGAUAGCCAAGCCCAGUGAGUCGCCGGUGGGCCGACAGCACCAGAGCCACCCUGAGGAAACAGAGGAGGAGCUGAGAGAGCACCAAGCUGUUGGUGCCUUACCGCUAGGAGUCACCAUUAAGCAGGAGCCCCCUGACCCACAAGAGCUGGAGGAGGAGGUGCUACUGCAGCACAGAGACCGGGAGAGGCAGGCGGAACAGGAACUUCUCUUCAGACAGCAGGCCCUGUUGUUGGAACAGCAACGUAUUCACCAGCUGAGAAACUACCAGGCUUCCAUGGAAGCGGCCGGCCUGUCUAUCUCCUUCCCAGGACACCGCCCUCUUUCCCGGGCCCAGUCGUCUCCAGCUUCAGCCUCCUCAUUUUCCAUCAGUGUCCCAUCCACUGAUCCGCCCGUCAAGCCACGCUUCACCACCGGUCUGGUGUAUGAUUCUCUCAUGCAGAAGCAUCAGUGCAUGUGUGGCAACACCAAUAGUCACCCAGAGCAUGCGGGGCGGAUCCAGAGCAUUUGGUCCCGUUUGCAGGAGACUGGACUGAGGGCGCAGUGCGAGUGCAUCCGCGGGAGGAAGGCCACUCUUGAGGAACUGCAGACAGUUCACUCUGAAGCCCACGUCUUGUUGUAUGGAACCAACCCUCUCCGGCAGAAACUUGAUUGUUCAAUCACUCCCAUGUUUGUGCGGCUACCAUGUGGCGGUGUGGGGGUGGACAGUGACACGAUCUGGAAUGAAGUCCACUCCUCCAGCGCAGCUCGCCUCGCUGUCGGCUCUGUCGUGGAGCUCGUCUUCAAAGUGGCCACCGGGGAACUGAAGAAUGGUUUCGCUGUGGUGCGACCUCCUGGACACCAUGCAGAGGAAAGCACUCCAAUGGGUUUUUGCUACUUCAACUCUGUCGCCAUCGCUGCCAAACUGCUGCAGCAGAGACUCAACAUUACCAGGAUCCUCAUCGUUGACUGGGAUGUUCACCAUGGGAACGGCACCCAACAGGCUUUCUACGACGACCCCAACGUUCUUUACAUGUCUAUUCAUCGCUAUGACGACGGCAAUUUCUUCCCUGGUAGUGGCGCGCCUGAGGAGGUGGGAAGUGGCCUUGGAGUCGGGUUCAACGUCAAUGUCGCCUUCACUGGAGGCCUGGACCCACCCAUGGGAGAUGCCGAGUACCUGGCUGCCUUCAGAUCAGUGGUGAUGCCGAUUGCCAAUGAGUUUGCCCCGGACAUUGUGCUUGUGUCCUCUGGCUUCGAUGCCGUGGAAGGACACCCUCCACCACUGGGAGGCUACACUCUGACGUCCAAAUGUUUGGGAUUUCUGACCCGCCAACUGAUGAGCCUUGCUGGAGGCAGGUUAGUCCUGGCACUAGAGGGCGGUCAUGACCUCACUGCCAUCUGCGACGCUUCCGAGGCAUGUGUUGCUGCGCUGCUUGGACAGGAGCUGGAUCCACUGGCCAAGGCCGUCCUGGAGCAGAGACCCAACCCUAAUGCUGUUCGCUCCCUAGAGAAAGUUCUGGAGACGCACUGUAAGUACUGGCGUUCAGUGCAUCGCCAUUCACCACUGCUGGGCCUUUCCCAUUUAGAGGCGAAGUGCGGAGAUUCAGAGGAAGCAGAGGCUGUCAGCGCCAUGGCUUCGCUAUCUGUAGCCAACACAAGCGCUAUGGAUCACAGAGAGGAGGAGGAACCAAUGGAAGAGGAGGAACCACUGUAACUGGCGGGAAACACAACGGUGUCAGCAUUGACCUCUCCGAGAGUCUCGACUGAUCCCCUCUUUAGUCCCUCCGACCUCGCGAACCACCUUGAUUGGCGGAGGUAGAGGGGGUGGGCUCAGCCUCAAGAGUAGGGAGCCAAUCAGGAGACAGAGGGCCGGACUACGGGGGUAAAAAAUAACAAAAACAUUGUUGCUUCACAGUCCUCGUGAGGAGACUUUUUUUUUUUCUGUCAGUCUUUGCGCCCAAUGUUGGCCUAGAGUGGCAGCAGUUGUUUGGGGUGGAAGCGAGGUCAGGCUAAGGUUCUCUGUGGAAACAUAAUGGUGCUUUAGACAGCUGCCCUAUGACGCCACACUGUACGAACACCAGGGACAGCGCACAUCCCUGCUGUCAAUCACAGCUCGGGGGGGGGUUUCUUUUCUCAACGACUCCCCCAAAUAAUUUACAAUACGCGUUCACUGUGGACUUUUCAGUCGGGCCGCGCCGACUCGUACAAAGACUCGUUUUUGGUCAGAGGUUCUGAGAGGAGUGCCUUGGUGAGGGUCCGCUGGAUUUCACGAUUGUUCAGGAAAAGUUUGCCUUAAGAUUUUCUUCUUCGGGAGGGACGAGAGCGAGGACAACAAAGCAAACAAUCUUUCAGCAUGUUUACUUGGAACGUGGCCACGCCUCUGGCUGCCACGGCCUCUCUUGAAGAGUCAUUUUACUUUUUUUGGAUGGAUCUAUUUUUCUGUGGGGAUGGACAUGUUCUGUAAAGGUAGUUGCCAGCCUCAGUGGAAACACCCGUAGUUCAAUCAGCAACUGGUCUUAGCCUUAUGUAGCUUCCCUUUAAUCGAUGGCUGUAUAAUAGUCAUGGAAGGAGACGCCCCCAUUCGGAAUGUGACGCAAAGAAAGCCAAAGCAUGAAUCUGCAUCCAACAAACAUUUUUACGGCACACGAGGAAAAGGCGGAAUUGAACAGACUCACCUUACUGUGCUGGCAACUACCUACUUACUCCGAAAAUCCAGUCUUGUAUAUAAAAUUGAGUAUAUUUUGUGAGGCGCCACGGCGUCUUCAUAUCGAUUUUUUCCAAGUGUCCACUUUCUUUUCAAACUUUUAUUUCAUUCAUCAUAGAUUUGUUACGGUUUUUUUAAUCCGAUUUCUGGAUAGUUACAGGGCUGCCAUUCACAUACUGUCACAGGAUUCUUGUAUUUAUCAAAAGUAAAGAGCGCCUUUCUUUCUUUGUACGGCUCUCCAUCGAUUGUGUAUUUAUAAUGUACUGUUUAUAGAAGAUUUGUAUAUGGAAAUUUAUAUAUGUACUCUUAACUAAUGACAGCUAUGAUAUUGUGAACGAGACACGGUAUGGUGUUACUCCAUGGACUUGGAAAAAAAACCAGACAAGAAGCAGCAUAUUUAGCUCCUCAUCGACUGCACUGUUUGGAUAUAAAGUCAUCACACGGCACUGCUACAGACUUUUUUUCCUCACUUUGUUGCCUGAGUGGUAAUCUUUCCUCUCGCGCAAUGACGACGUGCACUUACCCUUACGUUGGCGACCUCGCCGCAAGCAGGUCCAAAGGCCGUUUUUAUGUAGCGAGCCGUUCGAUUAUGUUGCUUCAGAAAAGAUCUUUUGGUUUCUUUGCAGGAAUCAUUAAGGCGUCAAAAACCUGCGAUAAUCGACGUAUUGCAAGACAAUUUGUUUACACUACCUGUGUCAGAAGAGGAGGUUCCCUGCUUUAGUUACUUUGGGGGUUAAAUAUCUAUCAUGUGCGGCUAUAUAUCAUUUUUGCCCCGAACGUCAUAUCUACUAACACCUAGUGACGACCAUCACGCUUAUCCUAAGUUGUCUUUUUAUAAACUUGUAAAAUGUACUUCUUUUUUUUUUAACAAAACAUCUACCGUAUUUUUCGGAGUAUAAGUCGCUCCGGAGUA